AAACAGAAGAUACUUGUAAAUUCUAAUGGGAGAUUAUUUCUUAUUGGAGAUACUAUCAGGAAUAGUUGGUUGGAUGUACUUUGUACUCUGGUCAUUAACUUUCUACCCUCAGGCCUCUCUUAAUUGGAGCAAGAAGUCGGUAGCUGGAUUCUCAAUUGACUUUGCAAUACUUAAUGUAUCUGGCUAUAUGUUCUACUCAUUAUUCAACUGGGGAGGCUACAUCUAUUCAGGUUUAGGAACCGGGAUAGUUCAAACAAACGAUCUAUUCUUCUCUGUGCACGGAUUGCUCCUAGCAUCAGCACAUCUUUCCCAGGUUUUUAUUUAUAAAAGAGGGCAUCAGAAGCAUUUCAAAAGAUGGUCACUUAUCACUCUUGCAAUCCUCUGGGGUUGAGUAUCUUUAGUCUUCUUGCUUGAAGGAAUCAUUCUUCAGUAUCACCCAAGCCAUUCCUUUUUAGGAAUUUCAAAGAUACCAAUAGAUCUCAAUACACUCCGAAUGGCAGGAUAUGGCAAGGCAGUCAUCACUUUCCUGAAGUAUUGACCACAAAUAUACUUGAAUUGGAGAAGGAAAAGCACAGAAGGUUACAGUAUCAUGAAUGUGCUAUGAGAUUUUUCAGGUGGAGUCCUCAGCCUCUUCCAGCUUGUAAUAGACAUGAUUUUUAAUGGCUUAACUAAAGGAGAAUGGUCAUUAUUGGGAAGUAACACUAGUGCUUUUAAUUUCAUAAAGUUUUUGUUGGGAAUAAUCACUAUCAUUUUCAACAUAAUCUUUAUUAUCCAGCACUAUUUGCUCUAUCCUUCCAAGCGCAAUGACCCUCUGACACUAGAGUUAAUCUCUUCUACAGACAGACGUAUGGUAAAAUAAUUUGUUAUCCCUAACAAGUCUCAGUCAUCUUCAAC